UCUCCUCCUCUCACUCAUGGUGGCGACGACAGGGACAGACAAAUAACGUUAAGGAAAAGACGUAGAAUUUAUACUCUCGUUUUAAUUUACAUUUUGUUUUUGUCACACGCUGUAGUGUAUCGGUCGGAGAGUGUUUCUAGUAAAUACUGAGACGGGUUCGAGUUCAGAAUGACUAAUGAAGAACCUCUGCCGAAGAAGGUUCGCCUUAGUGAAUCUGACUUGAAGACCCUGUCCAGAGAAGAUCUGUGUGCAAGGUGGAAACAACAUGAAGCAUAUGUUCAAGUUCUGGAGGCAAAAUACGCAGAACUGAACUCAAAUGAUGUAACUGGUUUGAAGGAGUCUGAAGAGAAGCUGAAACAGCAACAACAGGAAUCUGCACGGAGAGAGAACAUCCUUGUCAUGAGGCUUGCCACGAAGGAACAGGAAAUGCAAGAGUGUACUACCCAGAUUCAGUACCUCAAGCAAGUUCAGCAACCCAGUGCUGCCCAGCUGAGAUCUUCUAUGGUUGACCCAGCUAUCAACUUGUUUUUCCUUAAAAUGAAGGGCGAACUGGAACAGACUAAAGACAAACUGGAACAAGCCCAAAAUGAAUUGAGUGCCUGGAAAUUUACACCUGAUAGCCAAACAGGCAAAAAGUUGAUGGCCAAAUGUCGGAUGCUUAUUCAGGAGAAUCAGGAGUUGGGGAGACAGCUGUCCCAGGGACGUAUUGCCCAGUUGGAGGCUGAGUUGGCUUUGCAGAAGAAGUAUAGUGAAGAGCUUAAAAGCAGUCAAGAUGAGCUGAAUGACUUCAUCAUUCAGCUGGAUGAGGAGGUGGAGGGAAUGCAGAGUACCAUCUUGUUCCUCCAGCAGCAACUGAAAGAGACUCGCCAGCAGAUGGCUCAGCAGGGGCAGCUGCAGCAGCAGUCCUCCACUCCAGGCACAAGCAGGACUUCCUCUUCUGAGCCUUCUGGCCAGGCUGAGGCAGCUUGCAAAGAUAGCAGCGGCAGAGUGGCAAACGGACCAAGCAACGGCAGCCCCUCUCAGAGGACUUCUGGGUCUGGCCUUUACAGAGAAGUUAGUAGCACUGAAGAGGAUUUCCCCCCUUCCCCUGGAAAUGGGAAUAAACUCACCAACCACUCUGAAGAGAGAAUAAACAGGGGGAGCGGGUAUAUGAAUCGGCUUAGUGCUGGUUACGAAAGUGUAGACUCUCCUACAGGCAGUGAGAACUCUAUUGCUCACCACUCAAAUGACACAGACUCCAACCAUGACCCUGACGAGCCAGUGAGUGGCAAAGGUAACAGAACUGCGGGUUCUCGCCACGUUCAGAAUGGUUUGGACUCCACUGUAAAUGCACACAGUUCAGUUUUGUAACAUUUCUUUACAC